AUUAUUAUUAAAAAAUUUCUUUUUUAAUUGAUCUAAAAUACUAUUUGAAUAAUAUUGUUUUGAAGAUUUUUUCCAAAUACUAUAUUGAUUGUCAUAACUAUUUGCACUGCUAAAAUUAUUACUACCACUUGGUGAACCAGUAGCAACACCACUGCCACUACCAUGAUUAAAUUCAUAAGGACUUCUAGAGAUUGGUAAUAAACUAUUAUUUAAAUUUACUUUUGGAAUUUCAUUUUUCCAUGGUGCUUCGCUAAAAUCAAAUGCAUGAUAUUGAAUUGAAUUACAGAUGUGUUCGUUUUCAACACGGAAAAUACUCCAAGUGAAACGUCUUAUUAAUUCGACACAUGUGAUAACAGAGGUAAAGAGUUCUGAAUUAAUUGGUAAUUCGAAUGGAAUUUUCGUAAUGGUUAGAGUCCAAGCAAAACGAAGCACUAAAUUAGAGAACAAUACAUAAUAAUAGCACCAGAGAUGUUUCUUAUACAUAAGUUGAUGUCUGAGCAAUGGUCUUGGUUUACCUAGCCAUAAAAAUCCCCAAUCUACUACAACAUCCCAACAAUACAUGUAUAGGGUUGAGAGAACAAAGCAAACACACCAAAGUAUUCUUUUAGCACUCCAUGGUUCGUAGGAUUGAUAGUUACCAUUAAGAGCAGAGAAUAAAACUACACUGAAACCAACUGCAUACUUUGUGCUGUUACCUAAAUGGAUUCUAUUUUUAGUUUCGUUGUAACGUAAAAUACAUUGCAUGAAACGCCAAAGAAGAGGAAGGCCCGAUAAAAUUGGUAAGGCUAUACUAUUGACCUCAUUACAUCUUGU